AUGAUGGUUGUCUAUCCGGCACACUGUGCGUUUGCAUGUGUUGAAAAUCAACAGUCAGUUCCGAGCGGUCUUCAGAGUCUGUGGGAGCACAAGAAGUCGCCGUCCCUGUUGGACCCCAAGACACACACCUACAUGCUCGCUAAGUGGGCCGACAACUCCGGCAACUCUGAGGGUGACAUGGGAACCAACGUGGUGUGGAUGAUGCCGCAGCUGUGGAAUGUCGACGGCAAGAAGGCUCACCACUAA